UGGUUCGUGGUUGCUCCAUCCAAAGGUGUUCCCCCUUCCCUCCCCCCGUGAUGUGGCGGUGUUUCUGGCAAACCGCCGGAGGAACGCAGACACCACUAAUGAAAUCGGCAGGAAAGCGGUGCUGACUGACAAUACGAACCGAGCCGACUGAAAACGAGGAAUCCGAAUAUUCUGUAAACGCUAAAGAAUCCGCUUGCUAACUCGCACUAGCCGAAGCAGGUUGUUGUCACCAGCUAACAUUAGCACCAAAGAGUGCUAUGGCAUAGUCGAGCUAGCAAGUGCCGUUCGGCCGAUGUUACUGUCGGGCUAACUCGUGAAGCUUUAGUAUCUCCUAUGAAAAUCUCGUUGUCCGUGCAAACAUGUCCACCACUUCUUUGGAUAAAGAACUCCAGGAGCGACUGAGGGAGGCGUCCGCCAUCGGGGACAUUGACGAAGUGCGGACAUUAGUAGAGAGCGGAGUAAACGUCAAUUCCCAAAACGAAAUCAAUGGAUGGACUUGCCUGCAUUGGGCAUGCAAGCGGAACCAUAAACAGAUUGUGUCCUACUUACUUCAUAGUGGGGCGGACAAAGACAUCCUCACAGCUAAGGAUGAGCUGGCCUCACAGCUCACAUCCAAACCGGACAUCAAACGACUUUUAGGAGUUGAAGUGGACGACGAUGUGCCUGAAGUCAAGGAGCAUGAGUUGACAAUCAUCCCCAACUAUUUGGCCAACCCCGCCUUUUUAUACUCAAAGAUCGAUAAAAAGAUGGAUUUCCUGCUUUCUCAGCAACGCGCACAAAACGGAUCCGUGGAACACCCAGAGUACGCAGACAGCAGUUCAGCCCCGCAUUCUCCCACCCAGCACUUUCAGAUGCCGCAGAAUUUGGCCUCCGAUGACCUCGUUCCACCUGCCAGCCCCAUCGCUCAGAACCAAGUCCAGGCCAGGGAAUUUGUUCCGUUGACGGAGCAAAAUGGCGUGGCGACGGGCCUGGCCCCGUCUCACAACCACGCCGUUGUAAACUGCACGGUUCCCGUGAAUCUGUCAGUCGAGUCGCACCUUGUCAACCAUGCGAUGCCGCACAAUGGAUCCGUGUGCUCGCCUCCUUUGGCCUCCCCCAGCCCAGGUAUAGCUUGCAGCAGCGGCAGUCAGGUUCAGGCUGCAGCUAACCCGACUGUGAGCAGGCAGCAGUCUGUCCCGCAGCAGAUUGGCAGCAGUCAGUCCGGCGGAUCCUUGCCACCCUUCCAGCCGUUUUUCUUCACAAGCACCUUCCCUGUCAAUGUGCAAGUAGAAUUAGUACUUAAGGUGCGUAUCCAGAACCCUAACGCCCGUGAGAACGACUUCAUCGAGGUGGAGCUGGACCGCCAGGAGCUCACCUAUCGUGCACUGCUGAGGGUCUGCUGCCGCGAGUUGGAGAUCAGUCCCGAGCACGUGGAGAAGAUCCGUAAGCUGCCAAACACCAUGAUAAGGAAGGACAAAGAUGUCGCCCGGCUGCAGGACUUUCAGGAGCUGGAGGUGGUGCUGGAGAAAUCCGAGGGCCUAUCCCUGCUCUCCGGAACGGGGACCCUGACUGACAGACCCUGCUACAACAUGAAGGCCUCCCGCCUCACCUACUAGCGCGCACCCGUUUUUCCCUGCUUCUCACAGCCUUCUGUAGCCACCCUCCAGCGGCCGCUAACCAGUACCAGUUGCCUGCCAGAUCCCUUGUCGAGCUUCGCUCAGCUUGUUCUUAGCGGGAUUUCAUCUUUCAAGUUCUCGAGCUCUUUGUCCUCCCUCCGGGCCUUUUUGCUGCUUCAGUGUUCCCAACUAGUUCCGAGAGGUUACUGAUGCAUGGUGUCUUGGAUAAUGAGAGAAAAUAUUCGGGCCUCCCCUCUCUCCACCGCCACCCAGCGCACCUUGUGCCAAGACUCCAAGGGAAUGACGAGGGGGUCGCGCCGGGGACAUUAGCUUGUCUUCCUGAGGUUUCUGCAAUAGCCUUAUAUGGACACGUGUGAGACACAAUGUCACACGCCAGUUGCGUAACCGUAAUAGAUCAGCGCCGCAGAACAGAGCGAGUACAACGUACUUUCAGUGACGGUAACAUGUUCCAGCUUGCUUACACACCUUUUUAAAUGCCGUCGCUUCACCCGCGGUGUCUUUGCUACAAGAGGGGACUUGCUUUAAUCGUCGGACCGUUUGGGCCGACCGUUUUAACGUCUGUCCGCACCCGUUCCAACGUGAUGGAGAUGAAGAACACUGGAAAAAGAAAAAAUUGAGUUUUCGUCGUUUUCCCAGUGUACCAAUUCAAAGUCUUUUAGAUUCCCAAAUACCUCAACAUCUCUGAAGUAUUCAUAUUUUAAUUGUAUUAACAAGGCCAGAGCAAACAUUUUGCUUUACGUUAACAAGACUCCGAGCUAAUUUUAAGUUGCGUUUAAGGUUCCCGUCUACAUCCACAAGUUCUAACUUCUGCUGAAAGAUAUGAUGGAUUGUUCUUGUGACAACGCUAAUCUGCUGAUCAGCAAACGGCGGAGCAUCACAAAGGAAUGACGCUAAACAAGUUAGCUUCCUACAAAAUGGAGAGAAAUGAAAAAUGCUCCUGCUCUUUCUCCCGUCGGUUAAUUUAAUAACCAGCCACGACGGGGAGGGGGGGGGUGCUAGGUUGCCUCCGUUCCGGCCGACCUUUUCAAUGCCAGUGUUUUCUAUUUUAUUUUUCCUGAUCGUAGCUUUAUUAGAUGACAAACGUAUUCGAACUGAUCUAAAACUGCACUGACAAGAUGACUACUUGUCGUAAAUUGUUGUGUGAUGAGAUGUUAAUGGGCCUUAAGUCAUGGAAAUAUGAAUGCUGCGUUCACUGUCGUGUUCCGUUCACGCUGGGGGCUCAUUUCUUCACAGCUGCGCCAUAGACGAAGCCACAUUGUACAUUCUACAAUCAAAAUAUUUCUUACCCAGUGCUGCUUACUUAAAAAAAAAAAUGUAUACCCGAAGCUCUUACUUUAUGAUGGAUAUUUUGUAUUACUAAGCAUCGUUUAGGUGUUUUUUUUUUCGUUUUUUUUUUUUUUUAACCGGGUAGACCUGUUGUGUUUGUGUCGAAGCAUUAAUGUCGGAAGCUGAAGUUCAAAGUACGGCGUGGGCGUCGAAAGAAACUUCAACGUGAAGUAAAAAUGUGACUGUACGUGAGCAAGGCGGUAGUUUGUUGGUAGACAGGGUGAGGGCCUCGUGUUCAAAGUGGGUUCAUGGCUCGUGUUGCGAUUCUGUGAAAAGGAGAAAAACUAACAAUAUUUGCAGGUUUAUUGUUGUAGAGUUAAAGCGGAAUAGAGUUUGACUUAACCUAUGCAUCCAGACAGAGUCUGAUAUUUUUAUAAAAGAUGUGUCCUGUGUACUUGCAGACAUAAUCGUAGGCACUAUUGAAGCUGUGUGUUUCGUUCUGGAGACCUGUCCGUGUUCUUUGAUAAAGCAUGAAGAAUGA